AUGUUAUCGCUCUUCGGCUACGGAGACGACGCUUCGAACCCAACAUCUCCCCAAUCCGUCUCCACCGACAACAACUCCUUCCUCAACUCCCCAUCCCUCACGUCCCCAUCAAGCACCGUGAGCACGACACCAACAACACCAGCCCUCGACACACCCACCGACCUCGGGUUAAAGCCGAAAUAUACAUCCCCACCACGUGUGAAGAAGCCUUAUAAGAAAUCGGACGCGUUGGAUGAUAUUAAGGGGGUAAGUUAUGCGCUUGAGCUGUUUUUGGGGAGUAAGAUGGUUGAGGCGGAGGAGUAUUGCCAUAAGAGUGAUGAGACUAAGUGCGUUUUUUUUUCGUUGGAGUGUGGGGUGGCAGGGUGUUGA